AUGGCACAGUGGAAUAACACACAUUUUACUGAAUUUAUUCUUCUUGGACUAACAGAUAAUCAUAAACUCGAGAUUAUACUCUUUGUCCUCUUUUUUAUCUUCUACAUUAUCACUCUCACUGGUAACAUAGGCAUCAUAGUGGCUAUCAGGGCAGAUUCUCGUCUCCACACCCCUAUGUAUUUUUUUCUCAACAAUCUGUCAUUCCUAGAUCUGUGCUAUGCCACCAUUAUCACCCCCAAAACAUUGGUGAAUUUUUUGUCAAAGUCAAAAACCAUUGGUUACAAAGAAUGUGCGGUACAGAUGUAUUUUUUUGCAGCUUCAGUUACCACUGAAUGCUUUUUGUUGGGCAUCAUGGCCUAUGAUCGCUAUGUGGCAAUAUGUAACCCACUACUAUAUUCGGUUGUCAUGAAUAAAAAGAUUUGUGCACUGUUUGUAGCUGGUGCAUAUACUCUAGGUUACCUUAACGCAACCCUACAUACCAUCACCACUUUUCGACUACCAUUCUGUAAGACUAACAAGAUUGAUCAUUUCUACUGUGAUGUUCCUCCUCUCCUGAAAUUGUCCUGCAUCAAGACCACCAUGAAUGAAAUAUUGAUGUUCAUAUUUGGAGGUUUUGCAGAAACAAGCUCCCUCACCACCAUCAUAGUGUCCUACACCUACAUUAUAACCAGCAUUCUUCGAAUUCGCUCAGUGGAGGGGAGGAAGAAAGCGUUCUCCACCUGUGCCUCUCACUUUACGGCUGUCAUCAUAUUCUACAGCACCAUUCUGUUCAUGUACUUGAGACCUUCUUCUACUUAUUCCAUGAGCCAGGACAGAGUUGCAUCCGUGUUCUAUAGCGUGAUUAUACCUAUGUUGAACCCAUUAAUUUAUAGUUUGAGGAACAACGAAGUGGCACAAGCCUUUAGGAAAAUUAGGACAAAAUAUUGUUGUAAAGGUAAAUAA